GCCAGUGCUGUCCACAGGCUUGUGUUUACUGUGCUGGUCAUUUUAACUCUGCAUUAUUAAUGUAGGACCUUUAGUUUUCUUUAAGUAUGAGUAACUGUAGAGGUUAUACAGCUGGAGAGAGGUGAAAAUGUAGACUCAAGUGUGCACAGAAAGAUUUACAGGCUGUGUCAUGACUCCGGCUGAGAGGCUGAAGGUGCUUGUCUUCUUGGCGCUGUUCUUCGGAGCCGGGGGGUUCCUGUUCACGCUGUUCUCUUGUGGGACUGAGUACUGGCUGCUGGCUGCAGAGACAUGCGACUCAAAGAAGGGGAGCUUUUCAGGAAGAGGAUGGAGAGAGGAGAAGGGCAGUAAUAAGGCCUCUGAUGGUGUCAGGAUCUUCCAUGAGGGUUUGUUCUGGCGCUGCUCCUUCUCUGCUGACGCUGAGGAUUUUUCUAUGUUUGAUUUCUGGAUCUCCAAUCAGCCAGCAUCAAAGCUCUGCCAGGCUGCCUUCCUCUUCCCGUUUCCUGUGUAUGAGGCGUCAUGGGCGGCAUCACACGGUCUACCUACAGAGCCGUAUGAGCACCACUCUGCUAUUGUUUUCAGGACGUUCUGGAGCAUCUUCCUGGUCAUUGGCUUGGUGUCAGUGUUUAUUGGUGGAUUUAUUGUCAUCUGUGCUGGACCACUGGCCAAUCACAGGCUCUAUAAAGUGGGUGGAGCCUUAGAGCUGAGUGGCGGUGUUUGUCUGCUGGCCGUGGUGCUCAUGUUCCUGCUGUGGAUCCACGUUUUGGACACUCUGGAGCAGUUCGUCAUCCAUCGAAGAGUCACCUCCUGCCCGUCGUUCCACCUCAGCGUCGAGCUCGGACCGUCGUUCCUCCUCGCUCCGGUCGCCAUCUUCUGCUGCGUGCUGGCCGGCCUGCUCUCACUCCUGAUUGGUCGGAAUAUUCAGGAGGUAGGGGGAGAUAAACAAGGGAAAGUUGAAGAAGUUCCAACAUCUGAUGUUUAACGAAAGCAUAUUGGAAGCCUCUGUUCUUAACUUUGUGUUCCACCUUUUUUUUUUUUGUUUGCUAUAAAUUUGUUUUUUUCUCUGCUUUUUAUGCUGUUUUCUUCUGACUUGACCUGCCCAGGAGAAAAUAAAUUUAAAAAAGGUUGAAAUUAGUCAUUAAAACAACCAUUUUGUUGUGGUUUUGGGAUGUAUAGAACCUUAAUCAGUUGCAUGAGCUUCUCUUGCAAAAUAAAGAUAUUACUUUACACAUUGCACCUGA